UAAGACUCAGCAUGUGCUAUCGGUACACAGCCUUUAUGAGCAGCCAGUUCACAGACACUAUGACAGAGAUCAGACUGGCAGCCAUGGGACAGAGCCUGUUUGGACACACUGUGCAAGCUCAAGCUGCCUGUGGGGAUGCAGUGACAGAUAUUGGCCAGGACGAGUGUGUGCUCAUUCUCAUCAACCACUGUCGGGACAUGAAGCAACAGGAAACGCGACUCAGACUUACCACUCUGCUCCUGCUCCUCAGCUGUACAGCACUGUACAUUUUUACCCUCUGUACUGAUUUGGGGAAACGUGAAAACUCUGGAUCUGGUGCACAAGAGAGUGCAGCUGAGCAAAGUCCAUCCUAUUCCAAGCAAGUCAGAGAGUGCCCUGCAGAUAAUCCUGAAAAAGACUUCCAAAGACUGCACAUUGAUCUCAGGUCUUCAGGGCCUGCAUAUAACAACACUGGGACUGGAUGCAACAAGAUUCAUGGCAUCAAAUGGAGUGCCAGCCUUGGUGAAGAAUACCUCAAAGAUAACAGUGCCAUUGUGAUUCCCAAGGAAGGCUACUAUUUUGUCUAUGUGAAGAUUGCUUUAGGCUGCCACGAUGAUGAUGGAUCUGCAAACUUCAGGAGGUUCUAUGCGGAGCUGUACAGCUGGAAUAUAGCUUACAACCAGUCUUUACACCUGAUGGAUGCCCGCGAUGGUAUCGCGUGUACCUCACAGCAGUUCAGGAGCGUGUUUAUGGGGCAACUUUUUCACUUGUUGAAAGGAGAUCAUUUGAGAGUGUGCGUUGAGGAGGGCUACAAACUGAUUACAAAAUCAUCAUUUGGUGCAUAUCUCACAUAGAGAGCACGCCUUGAUGAAAGUAUGCCUUUUGUGUGUGUGUGUGUGUGUGUGUGUGUGUGUGUGUGUGUGUGUGUGUGUGUUCAUUGUCUCAAUCUCAAUAAUGUAGUAAUUUUUCUUUUGUUAAAAAGCCAGUUUUUGUCUAUUUGUCAUCAGUCAUUUCCAAGCUAUGUUUGUUAGUAUGUCCUAUUUAGGUUUAAAAUAACUGAGUGUUCAGGUUUGAAAGAUAAACAGUUGGGUGAUAAAUUACAGGAAGCAUCUUGGUUGCUCCACUGUGCUGUUCUCCAGAACAGCUCCAAAGCUCCUGGCAUAGAGUCUACUUGAGGGAUGAACACCAUUCUUCCUAAAGAUUUGCAGUCAUCUGUUUUGAUUAUGGUGGUCUCUGCAAAAUCUCCCAUGGGCAUGAGAUCUGGAGACUGCAAAGGCUAUUUAAUAUAACUCACAUCGGUUUCAACAGCAAGAGUAAACAGAUGGUGAAACAUCUUUACACAUUCAUACACCUCUCUCCUUUAA